ACCGCAGAUCGACAGAUGCAGUGACCAAAGGUGACUGCCAGGCGGAGAGCCAGAGGACCGAGGAGGAAGCAGUGACCCAGCCCGAUGCUGCAGCCGCCCCUGCUGGACGGCAGCCAGAGCCCAAGUGUCCUGAUGACGAGACACAGGAGGGAGAGGAGAAGGAUGGAUGGAGCAUGGCCGACAUUAAAGUUGUGGGAAAACGCAGGAGGGAGCUUGUCGGACCUGAGGCAAAGCGAUCUCGCGCUCAGUCUCCGUGUGUUGUAGCAGAUUUCAGACUGCCUCAGUUCAACCCUAACAGCCCCAUCGGUCAGGAGUUUGUGGUCCCUAAAUCAGGAUUUUUCUGUAACAUCUGCUCUGUUUUCUGCCUGAAUGAGAAGACCGCCAAGGAACUCCACUGCUGCAGCCAGAAACACUACGACAACCUGCAGAAGUAUUAUGAGGAACGUCGACAAAGAGCUACAAAGACUUUGUCUCACACGUCUCCAGGCUCCGUUUCUGACUGAUGGACCUGAUCUACUGGAGAACAAGCCAUUGUUAUUGAUCCUACUAGUUCAGAAACUAAACUAAUCGCCUUCUGGCACCUUUUGUUGUAAGUUAUAUAUGUCUUCUUUGAUGAAUUGUCUCCCAGCCUUUCAGUUAGUGCUUCUGUUUUUGUUUGUACAGGCCGAUGGAGAGCACCGUUUUGAUCUUGUUACUAUUUUAUCUUUUAUGUGAAAAUAUUAUUGAGAAAUUGUCCCUAUUAAUUUAGUUAACAUCAGGAGGUACCUGACAGCUGUUAACAGUUUACUAAAUCUUGUUUUUUUUUUUUUGCUCAUUUAGAUCUUUGGCUUCAGUUUCUUUAAGUGUCCAAAAUGUGUUUGCUGCUGUUCUGUUAAACAUGAAAUAAAACCUGUCACAUGUGUGUCAUACA